AUGAACCACCUCAGGGAGGGGAAGCGAAAAUGCAAAGUGAACUGCAUAGACAUAGAACUGGAGGCCUUCAUCUUUGGGUGCUUCUUCUACACGUGGAACCAAAUCUUCACCGAAAAUGUGAGGCAAAAGAAAAGGGGAAGCAAGCGGAGCACCAGCGGGGUAAGUAAGCUCAGCAGCAGGGUUAGAGGCCGGGUUAGCAGCAGGGUUAGCGGCGGCCGGGUUAGUAGCAGCCGGGGGAGAAGCACCCAAAGCCUCAGCGUCGGGCAGGCGGCAAACGCCGUUAAGAGAAAGUCCAACCUGGUGGCUGCGGCCAAGAAGACGUGUGCAGCUAAAACGGCGAACGUUUUGGAGGUGCCGACUGGGGAGAAGGACGCCAGCAGAAAGGGCCACGAAGAAAAUGAAGACGCCUUGCCACAGGCGUCGUCAGCUAGCCACAUUGGGAGUAGCUUAAGUGAAGAUUUCAGAAGGAGGUACAAAAUAAAUAUUAACAGUCUCAACGAGGAGUUGCUCCAUUUCGUCAAGCUAAACUUCUGCUUGAAUGACAAGAACUUUCACAUCUUUCACGAUUUGUAUUCUUUUUAUGAACACGUAAGGGAGGAGAAGAAGGACGAGGAGGUUAAUGUGCACCGGGUUUUUUUUAAAGCCGAUGAGGGGUGCGCGUCGCACAACUUUGCAGCGUCCGCCGCGAAGUGCCCCUUCUGCGAGCUGGCGCGGGGCAAAGACAAGGGACCGAAGGCGGUGAGGAGACAGAAGUUCAUCCACGCAUGCACAAGGAGGGUAUACGGAGAGAAGAACCUGCAACUUGUAAACAAAUGCAUCAUAAAUAUCAAAACGUUUGACGAUAGCUUCGUCCACUCAAUCACCAUCGAAAGGCUAUUUAGCUACAUAAGCAAAGCGAAGAACAAAAAUUUGCUCUUCUUCUGGUUCGAGUUUUUGAAUGUCCUUCUAAAGGUCACAAUUAACAAGCAGCUGAUGAUUCAAAUUUUUUUUUUCUUUUGCGUAAAAAAUUUACUUAUAACUUCCUAUUUCAGUACAGAGCAGAUGAUGGGCACUGAUGAGUUCUCCUCCGGGAAAACCAUCUCCACAAAAGGACAGGAAAAAAAUUUAUUCCUCUCAGAGAUGCUGAAGAGGUACAAGUACGAAUCGUUCAGCAGCAUCGUCUUGAAUAACAAUUAUAAACUUUUGCAAAAUUUAUUUGAUUAUUUUUUUAUGGUAUGCUCAACAAGGAGCUGUAAAUUUUACGACAAUUUUUUUUUGAACGUCCAGAUGAUUAAUUUCAUUUAUCUUGUGCAGGUAAAUUAUUUUCACUACUACUACAUCGGGCUGUGCUCGAAAUUUGUCCAGUGGGAGUCUGCCAAUCGGGGGGGCGCUAGCAAACUGGUCGCGUCUGCUUCGAACGGGGGGAGCGGCUACACCAUUCGGCUUCCGAAGCAGACGCACCUCGGUGAGGAUGCCAAGGGGAAAGCCGCCCCCCCCUUCAGUCGCCUCAGGAGGAAAGAUGGAGAGGCGGUCACUCCCGCUGCUACCCUGUGUAGUGUGAAAAAGGGACACAAAAAUGAGUCAGCAGUUGGGGCAAAGUUCAGGCGGGUCACUGCGGGGGGAGGAGUGUCCACUGGGGGAGAGCAGCUUUGCCCCAUGAGUGAAUUCACUUACCCUGAGGGGGUAUCCUCUCCGCAUGGGGGAAGCGACGCGGGGGGCAUCUUCCCUGGAAGGCACUACAACGUGGGUGCGAAGCGGCGCUGCAAGGCCAACCUGAGUUACCACAACUGUGUGCGCGGGGGGGCCGGCAGGCAGGGCAGCAUCAGUCGAUACGUGGCCAGUCAGAUGGGGAGCAGUAGUAAGGUGGCCCCGCCGCCUCAGCAGAAGGAGAACCGCCUCGCGCGAAACCUGAAGAUCUUCUUCAACCGGGCGCACAGCUUCCUGAACAGGUACAUUCAGUCGGAGCAGCUAGCCAAACAGAGCAACAUCUUCUCCUUCCUCUUCGACGCGCUGCCCUCCAGCAGCCUGCGCAGCAACGUGAAUGACACCCUGGAGCCAUACAUCCUCCCCAUUUUCGCCAAGCACCAAUUCAUCGAAAUACACCAUUUUGUGGAGAGUCUAAAAGGGUUAUACAAUUUGAAGAGGAAAAAAAAAAAAGGAAAAAAAAAAACUCUACGUAGUAGCGAACAGCCUAAUGUGAAAUACCUGAACGAUUUACAAGGGUUUAAUUACAUCUUCCACAAUUUAAAAAAUGACUACCUCAUGUUGGCGGAGAGCCUAUACUUUGAGAUGCGUGGCGAGAGGGAAAGGGAAAAGAAGAAUUGCGCAAAAGAGGAAAAACAAAAAAACGGAAAAAUGAAAAUUUCUAAUCUAAUUCAAAAUGAUAAGACAGACAUGAUUGGAAAUGUUUCGAUUUACAAAUUUUCAUCGAAACAGCUGACCAUCCAGCAUAACCUCUUUAACAUUUAUUUGGAGUGCAGCCUGUUGAACAAGGCAUUCAAGUUGUUGCUGGUAGAUUUUAACUUCUCCUUUUCCCUCACAUCCGAAGUUAUUUUCCUCUACAAAAUGUACCUCAUUGAGUUGAAAAGGAAAAGCAUCCUAUUCGCCUUCGAAAUUUUGAGCAUGACUUUUCACAAGUGUUUUAUUCUUUUGAAAAAAUAUCUUUGCAACCCUACGUCGUUCAAAUUACUGUCUUUGGUUUCCCUCGAUUUUUGUAACCUCCUUUUUAAUUACCCUUUUUUGAGGGCCUACCUCUCCUUCUGCCCGAAUGAAAAAAUAAAAUUUUUGAGGAGCAACAUCAUUCUGCAUGAAAAUGCAACAGCCAAUUGUUACUACAAUGAUUAUUUCUUUCAGAAGAAUGACGUCGAUGUGCCACAUUUGCUGUGUGACGAUGGAUGGGAUUUAGUGGGGCGUUAUGGAGCUCUGCGGGGGGAGGCGCCCGGGAGCAUCCGCAGAGAAGAGGCCAUACCGGAGGAAGUUCCCAUCUGUGUUGGGGGAGAAACAGGCUCUGCACGACGCGCCUACAGUUCACGCGCCAUGUACAGCUCUCAAGGGUUGCACAAUUCGCAGAACCAGUUUGUAGAUUCUGUUGGGAGAUUUGCACCUCGCUCCGUCAUCAGGGGGGAAAUUUCUCCCCAUGUUAGGGACCCGGGGAGAAACGAAGGGGAGAGGGGCUCUGAAUUCGCUCCAUACGGGCAACGCGGUUUGCGGAGCGACUCGGCGGCCCCCUCCGUUAGAGCAGCCUUCCCGUAUGACGAAGAACCCUUUUGCAGAAAUGCGCCCAUAGACCUCUGCAGCAGUGUGGCGCGGGGAGCCGCCUCCAGCAGGGGGGGGGACCUCCACAGGAGUGUCUCCCAUAGGAGCGCAUCACACAAGAGCAUCUCCCACAGGAGCGUCUCCCAUAGGAGAAUCUCCCACAGGAGUAUCUCCCAUAGAAGUGCCUCCCACAGGAGCGCCUCCCGCGUAAGUCCUUCUCGAAGAAGCAACCCCAAGGGGGAGCACCGCACGAGCAGCCACUCCAGCGACGACUCGUCUCACGCGGGGGGGAGCGGAAGACGCCACCGCUUCCUCAGCCAGCACGAUCAGCUGUACAUGCGGAAGGUUAUUCAAAGCUUCAACUUUAUUUUUAAUAUACUGGAGAAGACGGUGACCAGCUGCGAGGUGUCCCUGCUGAGUUGUAGGGAGGUGAGGGGGCGCCCACCUGUGGAGCGGCCUCCUGUUGAGCAUCCACUUGUGGAGCGGCAAUCUGGGGGGAUGCCACCUGUGGGGAUGCCUACUGCGGGACUGCCUCCUGUGGAGCUGCGGAUGGGCCGCCACGAAAACGCAGGAAACAUGACCAACUUCAUAAAGGAAGUGGUAAACAAGCUAGACGCGUAUUUUAGCGAAAAUUUCAGCCGAAAGGAUAUCAAAGGGCAUAUAGAAGAGCUGGGGAGAAAGAAGCACAACCAUUUUCUGUACGAUUCUAAGGCAAUGAGAUCAGUGAGAGAGGCACACGAUGAUUCUUUCUUCUCCUGUUUGGAGUUUUUAUUUCUGGCAUACAUAUGCUCCAACUAUUUCUCCGAGCAUGUGUCUAGGAGCUACAAGGAUUCCUUCAAAUGUUUUAAUUUUAAUAAUAUUUGGCCGAGUAACCAACAGAUUAAGGUGAAGAUUUUACUCUUCCUGAUACACCUGCUUCUGCACCAAAUUAGCAUAAUAAAUUUGAACAGCUUUUUUUUGCAGAUUUUAAAAAUCAUUUUGAAUAAGUUUUACAGCCAUUUGGACUACAACGACUUGCAGAUGCUUCAGUACAUAUAUAUGAGUCUCUCCAAUGAGACUUUAUUUUCUUGUUUCUCCGUUUGUGAUGAGAUUCGGGAUGUUAUCCGGGGCAGCUUCGGCUCCGUGAGGGAGUUCGCUUAUGUCUUCCACUUGUCCCGGAGGAGGGACGCCUUUUCGCUGUGCCGUCUCGGCUGCGCGGGGGACCCCCUCGGGGAAGACCGCUUCGUCACGGACCUGUUGGAGUUUCUUCUGGGUCGGGGCGGGGAGAGGCGGCGGCAAAGGGGGGAGCGACCCAACGUGACGGAGCUGCUCAACGGGGAGAGGCCCAACGGGGAGUGGCCCACCGGGGAGUGGCCCAACGAGACAGCCCUGUGGGAAGACGCGCUCUCCACUGAGUGGCCACACAACGAGACAAUUAGAGACGACUCCGCGGUGGAUGCGUGGGUGGACCGGUUUGCAGUCCAAGGGGAGGACGAUCCACAUGGAGGUCAGCCGAAGUAUCUGUUUGACAAUUUCAAAAGCGAGGCCCCCUUUGAGAAGAACGAUUUUGUCUUUUUUAAAAAAAGUGAAGAGGGGGGGGGGAGGAGCUCCUUCCUGGAUAAUGUACUCCUCCAAGUGGAUAAAAAAAAUACGAGUGGGAGGAAAAGCCCAGUGCGGGGAGUCUCCACUUGGGAGGGUGCAGCAGAGGGAGCCGCUCAUGGAGCAGCGCAGGGAACCGCGCAGCGACCCAGUAAUGGCACCCCGACCAAAUUGGGUACUACCCGCAGGAGACGCACCCCGAUGAGGGGGAAACCCCACGGGGGGGAAGGAAGCGAAGAGGAAGAGGAGGAAGAAGAGAAAUACAAACAGAUGAUGCACCACUUUAAAGUGAGCAAAGAGGAAUAUAUAGAAAAUAAUAUGAACAGGCAAAACGAAUGGUUCAUACGGCUGAAGACGUGGAGAGAUCGGCAGCAUUACUAUGAGGAGGUGAAGCCUGAGCACUACGAGGCAUACACCUUGGAGAGAGAUUACUACCUACCUGGGGAAUCAUUUGAAACAAACUGCUUCAUCCUAGCGGAGGAGAAGCAUCAAAUGAGGGUCACAUUUCAUCUGCAAAAGAAUAGCUGCCUUUCUGAGUGUUUGAAUUUAUUGAAGACGAUCGAUUUAUACAUGGAAUGUAGCACCAGUGUGUGUAACAGGCCACUGUACUUUAUAAAAAAUUUAAUCAUCAGCUGCUUAAGUGUUAGCUACUCCAGGCAACUAUCUGUGGUGUAUGUGCACGCCCUCAUACGGCUAUGUCUGUUCGAACUGCGCAUGGAUAAUGCCUAUACGUCUGUCUGCAUUCUCCUCGAAAUUUUAAGCCACUUUGAGCAGGUGAAAAGCUAUAGAAAUGUCUUGGGGGUUAUUUUUUACCUUUGCGGGUACUCCCUACUGCACCAGCUUAACUUGCAGUCGGAGCGCUUGCAGGGAGAAGGAAGGAGAAGGGAACUCAUAAAGGAAUACCACCACUAUGCAAAUGUAAAGAGGGAACAUUUAGCCUCCCCUCAGGGUUGUAAAAUGGCCAGGCCCACAUUUGUGAAAAGUUGCAACACACCUGAUAUUUCUCCGCUUAAAAGAAGGGGCUCCCACUUUUGCAACAAGGAGGAGGGGGAGGAUCCACAGGCCGCCGACUCAGACAGCACCAACGGGGGGGAACGCACAAUUAGCUCGGUUGCCAUGCGUGAAAGAGCGAACCUGGACCGCGCCCUAUCCGAGCGUAGCCACCGAAGUAGUAAUUAUACACCUAGCCCGCUAGCAAAGGAAAAGAACACACCGGAUGGGUUUACCAGCAGCGUAGAAAAGAGAAGAAGCAGCUGCGGGAAGGGGAGCUUCUCCAAGGGGGGAUCCACAAAGUGUGCCAGGAAGCUAAUCCCGUUAGUGAAAAACCAAAUAAAAAUCACCGACUACUUUUCCAAUGUGAAGAAUGAAAAAGCGCAAGAGGCACUUUCGGACGCCGAGUCGGCCAUAUCUGAUAGCGAUAUUCACCUGAACAGUUCAGAAAAAAAAUGUGUAAAGAAAAGAAAAAAAAAUGAUGGGUUAACCGAUCACGUAGUUGAGCAGAAGGAGAGGCCCCCCAAGGAGACAAAUUUCGAAGAGGAGAAAGACCAAACGUAUGACUCCCUGGAACAGAUAAAUAAAAAGCAAUUUUUUUUACUUUUAAUUUGCUUCUACAUGAAGCGAGCUCUCCACCACUGGGAGACUGACGGAGAUGCGGUGGGGAUUUCCAACGGAAUUCAACAAAGGAAGAGGAUAAAAGAUGCCCUCUUCUUCCUCAUGUCUUCUUAUAAAUUUUUUUACAAAUCAUCCCUUUUUCUGUCAAAGCAUGAACGGAUUGGGGGGUUUAAAUGCCCCCUUUUUGACUUCCAGCUGUUCGGGGCGUACAAGACCUUUUACGCCUUCUACAGGGGGGCCUUCCUCCGGUGCUGCAACGAGAAUGUGACGUGCGCCCUGUGGGGGGGCGCGCGCGCCUCGCGGGGGUGA